AUGGAGAGACUUCCCCUCGUCGUGCUGCAAGAGAUCUUGAGAUGCCUCGUGCCCUGGCCGUGCAGCCAAGACGAGCUUUCUGAGAUGGCGGAUCGCAUGUGGCGGGCACAGGCAUUCAAGGGGCAUUUACCACCCGCUGCACGAUCUGGAAAGAUCGAAGCAUCUGGACAGAGAACUGCGCUGGGACGAUGCAUUUUCUCUUCCCCGACGCCGCCGGAGUCUGCUGAGCCUGCCCCGCUACUGCUGAACCUGAUGUUUCUUUUGCGCGCCGGUCCGCAAGCGCAUGCUGCUGUGGGGUGGCUGACCACCUGGAUGCCUGACCACAUUGCACAGGUCUUGCACGCCUUUGCAUUACAAGGGCAAUUGCAUGUCUUGCCAACCGACUGCUGCAAUGCCCACCGCAAUGCCUACGCUUCGGCGGUUCGUCGCCGGGAUGCGGCAGGCCUACACUGGAUCAUCAACGAGGCCAUUAUCUUGCCAACGGGGUCGGUUUGGAACCAUCGCGAUCAGAUCUUGCAGCUUGCCUGUGGGACUACUUGGAUGCCAUUGAUUCAACACAUCUCCCAUCUGUAUGGGUUCGGUAAUUUUUGGCCCAACAUCGUGGCAUGGAACAUGAGAGCCAUUGGCAUUGCCACGGCCUACCCCACUGACCGCAGCUAUUGCUGCCAAUAUGGCCCCGGAGCCCUGAGUGGUCUCAAUCAACUCAUCGGUAGAACCAGAGAGGCACGGCUUGAGCAGCGCGUAGCAUUAUGCUGGGGUCGAGAGAUUAUUCGCAUCCUUUCACCCCUUUGGCCAGCACUUGCUGUGCACGCUCCUGUACCAUUGCUGGAAGCAUACAUUGUAGAAUGGAUGCUGUGUGAACUCUCCAAGGAGACAGAAGCUUCGUGGCGAGUCUGA